ACAGUCUGUUCUAGUAGAUCGUCGUUGUGAGUCGCAUUUGCUGACGCUGUCCUGCAUUUCUUAAAUGUUAGCAAAUAAAUGUUUGUGAUAACUGAAAAGUGUGGUAAUUUUAAAACAGUUAUAACAAUAUGGAAUUGCAGCUGCGUACAAAUGAAAACGGAAUCAGUGAACGGGAUAGCAAAAAUCAUGAUGCGUUCGAAAAGAUGAUUGGAUCAUUUGGCAGAUAUCAAUUACGUCUUUGCUUACUUAUAUUUUUGACAAAAUUUCCAAUAGCCUUUCAUCAAAUGGCAAUAAUCUUCUUGGCUCCGAAAGUUGAAUACACGUGUGGAGACGCGACCAAUGAGAAAUGCCCUUGCCCUAACCCUGUUUAUGAUACUUCGAUUUUUAAUAGGACUAUAAUUAUGGAAUGGGACUUAAUUUGCGAUAGAAAAUGGUUGACCAGUUUUACACAAACAUUGUUUCAAUUAGGUACAUUAAUAGGUAGCGUAUUAUUUGGAAUGGCUUCAGAUAGGUUUGGGAGAAAGAAACCUUUCCUAGUUGCCAUCGUUAUACAGGUGAUAAUGGGUAUAUCUGCAGCUUACAUACCGGAUUUUUGGGCGUUCACUUUCGUCCGAUUUUUAAUUGGAGUUUCCGUUGGUGGAACCAUGGUGAUUGGAUUUGUCUUAGUCAUGGAAUAUGUUGGAAUUGAAUAUCGAGAUGUCGUUUCUGCCCUUUAUCAAGCGCCCUUUAAUUUAGGACACAUGCUACUGCCCGUUUAUGGAUAUUUUUUAAGAGACUUUUCAGAUUUUCAGUUGGGAAUUUCAAUACCGACGAUUGUUUUACUAUCUUUCUUUAUCCUUUUACCGGAAUCACCAAGAUGGUUAAUAGCUGUUAAAGAAACUGAUAGAGCCAUAGGUAUUUUGGAAAAAGUAGCCAAAGUAAAUAAACGAUCAGUUGACAUUCGCAAAGAAGUUGCAACAUACCAAGAAACAUCUCAAAAAAAUCAAACUAGAAAAGGAAACAUAUUAGAUUUAUUUCGAACACCAAAUCUACGAAAGAAUAUUUUAUGCAUGGCGUUUAAUUGGCUAAGUUGCAGUUACUGCUUCUACGGUGUCUCGCAGUACGUCGGUCAACUCAGUGGAAAUGUAUUUAUUAACGUAGCGUCGAGCGCAAGUGUGACUCUUCUUGGUUCUCUGGCAUCAAUACCAUUAAUGAGAAUCCUCGGAAGAAAGACAAUUGUGAUACUAUUUAAUUUUAUCUGUGCUUUGUGCUUAAUCAUACUGUGUUUAGUUCCCGAAGGCAUAAGCUCUGUCGUGUUUGCAUGUAUAGGCGUAGUAUCAAGCUUUAUUGUUUUUGUUGUUGUAUAUUUGUACUGUACGGAAUUAUUCCCGACUGUAGUUCGAAAUGCUGCUCUCGGUUUUUCAUCGAUGAUGGCGCGAGUUGGCUCAAUGAUAGCGCCCUUUGUUAUUGAAUUGAGGGAUGUGGCGUUAUGGCUGCCGCCGUUUGCCUUCGCCGUAUUGCCAUUAUUAGGUGCUUUGAUAACAUUCCUUUUACCUGAAACAAAAGGUUGUGAGUUAAUGACUACUAUCGAGGAAGGAGAAAAAUUUGGUAAAAAGGUUGAAAAUACUUUAAAAAAUACCCAAAAUAAAUGACCGACGUUAGUAAAUAGUCUUUUUUUAAUUUUAAGUCAUGUGAUACAGCUAUUACAGCUAUAUGUUGUAUAUUUAUUUAUUAUUAUUAUAGUUUAUUUAUUAAUUAAUAGUAUUUUACAUAAGUUUUUAAUCACAAAUGUUGUUUUAACCUUAAAUUUAAAUUAGUCUUUAUUUAAAAUAAACAUCGUUUUAAAGGACAGUAAAUAUACCUCUAAUAUGUAUAAUACUUGUAUAUACUUGCACGUACGUCGCAAGGUAAUCGUGUUAGGCUUGAAUGAAUGUGGUUUAGGAGUUGAAAUAAUACGAUAGAAUGUUAAUUUAUUUUUAAAGUACAAUAGGUAAUAUAUAAAAUAGUUAUAAUGUGAUAAUGAUUAAGCAAGUUAUAUUAAAUUAUAUGAGUAUUAUUAUUAACGUCUGAUCAAAUGUUGAACUUGAAGAUGAUGUCUCUCUGGUUGGCUUUAGUGUCUGCGAUAUCUUCCGCACAUCAUCGGAAAUCAAAAAUUGCACAGGAGAUAUAAUAGGGCUAUGCCAACAAGUAUAUGCGGAACAAUGAACUAUAUAAUAAAGUUUAAAUCUAUCGUAGCGUGAUAAUCAUGAUUUUCUUUACAUGUAUAUUCUGACCGCGGUAUCGAACUUUAAAUGUUAUCUAUUUUAUUGUAUGAUUAUGUAUGUACGGGUAAACUUAUUCUUACUCGCUAUUACUUAGUCUUUGUAUCCGAUGAAAGAGUAAUGUAGUCUGAUUACAAAUUGAGUGUCUAUGGGUUACAUAUUUUUACUAGGUACGUUAAGUUAACAACCGUGACUUCGGAGUGGGUAAAAGUCAAACAAAUUGUAAAAGGGGAACAAUUGCAAUGAAUUAAUAAUAAAAUUAAAUAUCUACCUAUUCUGUAAAAUAAAAUAAAAUUUCCGUACUUUAUUGCAUUUUAUUUAAUAAGUUAAGCUACCGACAUGUUCAUUGAUUUACGGCAUAAACGAACGGUUUACUUUAUUACUUCUUAAAUGUCUCUUUUUUUAUAACUUCAAAAGGCAUUCAGUCUUCAGGACAAAUAUAAUUGUUGCUAACAUAUGAAAUUGUAUAAUAUAAAUAAUAUCAAAGAAAAAUAAUAACAGUAGUUAGCCAAAGGCUUGAUACAAAUACGUACUGAUAUUUGUAACAUUAUAGGUACUAUAUACAUACAUUGUUAUUUGUUCAAAAAAAAAUGUGUUUCCCACAGUCCCACUUAGUGUUAUCAGUAAAGUCACUGCUUGUGACGGUGCGGUGUCUUAUGGUGCUUCAUAUAUUUCCCGACGUUAGUAUAUUAGGAGGGCGAUCGCUGAAUUACCGUGCACAGGCGGUGUAAGUAUAGUAGUAUGUAUUCACUUAAUCAUAUUGUCCCGUGAAUGUCGUAAGAAGUGACAGAGGGUAACAAACUAACAAACCAGAAGAUGGACAGCAUCGUCUUUUAAUAACAACUAAAAAAAAUCACCCGCCAAGCGUGAGAACUAUGGCAAAUAUCGAAAUUUGUUUGUUUGUUUACUACGCGUUUCUGCUAUCUUCUGGCCUACAUUUAUAACUGCACAUUUUAGCUCCUGUAAUUAAAAAACAUAAUAUUAGCACCUAAAGUAAAAUAAUAAAUCAAAAUACUACUUUUAACCUUUUCCGUUUUAUCUCAUCUGCACCUGGGAUUUUAUUACUUUACCUGCAGUUAAACCAUAAACUAGUAAGCACACAAACCUUGUUAUUUAUAUGUAAUCAUGCAUAACUAACUAGCUAGUAUAAGAUAAAUUUACCAAAAUUUUAAAUAAAUGUUCUUAAUUUUUUCGUUUUCUUUUUUCUGCUGAAAUAGCUUGGUUUUAUUUCCCAUUACGUUUGAAUCAUAAUUUGUUGUCACUCUAAAAUAAAUAUUGUCGGCUAUCAAAAAUAAUAUGUAAUAAAAUAUUUUAAUUUUUUCUUAUAUUUACGCGAACACUACACAUUGAAUAAAACAAGUUUUUACGG